AUGUCGAGCAACCCGAACCCGCAGAGCGACGACUACUACAAGGUCCUGGGCGUGCACCGGAGCGCGGACGAUUCGCAGCUGAAGAAGGCCUACCGGAAGCUCGCCAUCAAGUACCACCCGGACAAGAACCCGGACGACAAGCGCGCGGAGGAGUACUUUAAGGCCGUCGCCGAGGCGUACGACGUUUUGAGCGACCCGCAGAAGCGCGCGGGCUACGACCGCUUCGGCAAGGACGGCGCCAAGGCCGCGGAGCAGGGCCAGGACAUGGGCGGCAUGGGCCAGGGCUUCGGCGGCUUCCCCGGCGGCAGCCGGGGCCCGCAGAUGGACGGGCGGCGCGCGCAGGAGGUCUUCUCGAUGUUCUUCGGCGGCGACGACCCCUUCGCCAGCUUC